GAGGACACAGCGAUCUUACUGAGUCGAUAAAUUACAGCACAAGUCAAAUUAACGUCAACGUCUAAUCACUACUUGAUCGUGGAUGGUAAAACACCCCUCUUUUAAAGCUGAUAAACCAAAGACACCGAGAUGACAUCCAACGCAACGUGUGACCUGACCGCGUACACAUGCUCAGACGUGGGUCUGUUGAUGCCGUUUGUCAACGAGUACACUUGGCCCGUUGGUGUGCGCACGGGAAUCUAUCUAUUUGGUCUCCUCUGGAGCUUCAUGGCCGUCUCCAUAGUGGCAGACGUCUUCAUGCGAGCCAUCGAAACCAUCACCAGCAAAACACGAACCCUUCGCAUCUCCAACCCAAAGUCUGCAACUGGGUACAACGAAAUCGAAAUCAAGGUCUGGAAUGACACAGUCGCCAAUCUGACUCUCAUGGCACUUGGUUCGAGCGCUCCUGAAAUUUUACUCUCCUGCAUCGAAAUUGUCGGUAAUACUUUCAGAGCCGGGGAGCUAGGUCCCAGCACGAUCGUUGGGUCGGCGGCGUUCAACUUGUUGUGCAUCACGGGUGUGUGUAUAUUCAUGAUUCCCGAUGGUGAAAAGCGGACUGUGAAGUACGUGAAGGUGUUCGCGGUGACUAGCAUCUUCUGUAUCUUCGCGUACGUCUGGCUCAUCGUGAUUCUCGUCCUCAUCACACCAGACUACGUAGAUCUGUGGGAGGCGGUCAUCACAUUCUUACUGUUCCCGGUUCUCAUCUUAGUCGCCUACAUCGCAGAUAAAGAUUACUGUGGAAAGAAGCCCGAAGAUGAAUCUGGCGCAGUUGGAUUCGAUACUGACCCAAACAGGGCGUCCCAAUCUUUGGUCAUCGAAUUAAUUAAGAAACUCAGCAAGGAUCCAUUUGUGAAUGAGGAGGAUGAAGCGAAACUAGCAGCUGCGUUGAUAUCCCAGAAGGCUUCACACAACCGCGGAUGGUACCGCGUGAACGCCAUCAGAAAUCUCACUGGCGGAAACCGUCUGGAGCCUCAUGUCAACACACACCAGAGAGAGCUGUUGGAGAAAAUCCUCGCUGGAGAGGAGAUAGACACUGGGUCCACAGCGUCUUUACUGCCCCCCGAGAAUUACGCUCUCUCGCUGGUCGAGUGGGACGCAGCGGCCGUCGCCAUACUGGAGUCAGCCAAACGAGUCAAACUCACCCUGAUGAGGACUGGAAACAUGGCCAACAGAUUUCUGGUCAGAGUUGAAACCAUUAAUGGCACUGCAGAAGCUGGCAGUGACUACAAGCCGAUAAAAGACACGCUGGUCUUUGAACCCAACCAGAGUUUGAAGAGCAUCGAGGUGGAAAUCAUUGACGACAAUGAAUGGGAGCUGGACGAGGUUUUCUUUGUCAAACUGUCGGUGACCCCAGACCAGCCAGCCAAGGUCGGGAAACGGGAGAUCUGUCAGGUGACCAUUCUUAAUGACGAUGAUCCUGGGACGUUUGGUUUCUCCCAGCCGAGCUUCGUGUUCAAGGAGAGUGCUGGGAAGGCGAUGAUUCCCGUGGAGAGGAAGCAGGGAGCAGACGGGCGGGCAUCGGUGUUCUGGCAGACCAAGGACAUGACAGCAAUCAGCAGCAUGGACUACCAGGGCGGCAGUGGCGAACUCAUGUUUCAGAAUGGGGAAAUUAAGAAAUACAUAGAGAUCGAAAUCAUCGAUGAUAAGGAAUUUGAAAAGGAUGAAAACUUUGAGAUAAAGAUAGAAAAGGUUUCUGAAGGAGCGAAAAUUGGCCUGGCUAAAAGUGUAGUCACCAUUCUGAAUGAUGAUGAGUUCAAAGGUGUUGUUAGCCGAGUGGUGAACCUGGCCAAUGCUAACCUGGACGCACUGCGACUGGAUUCCGCGACGUGGGGCCAGCAGUUUGAGGAGGCAAUGAACGUGAACGGCGGUGACCUUGAGACAGCCACAGUGUUUGACUACAUCAUGCACUUCCUCACUUUUGGAUGGAAGGUGAUUUUUGCCAUGAUUCCUCCCCCAUCCAUCUGGGGCGGGUGGUUGUGCUUCUUCGUAGCUCUGAUUAUGAUAGGACUUCUGACGGCCAUUGUUGGUGAUCUGGCUUCAGUAUUCGGCUGUCUGAUUGAUUUCAAGAAGACGGUGACAGCCAUUACAUUUGUUGCCUUGGGAACGAGUUUGCCAGAUCUGUUUGCCAGCAAGCAGGCAGCAGUGCAGGAGAAGUAUGCAGAUAACUCUAUUGGAAACGUGACGGGCAGUAACUCUGUCAAUGUUUUCCUUGGACUUGGUCUUCCGUGGGUGAUUGCAGCCAUAUACUGGGGUGCUAAGGGCAAGACGUUCGAGGUCCCGGCCGGCUCGCUAAGCUUCAGCGUCAUCCUCUACAUCGUCUGUUCCCUCCUCGGCCUUGGUCUCCUCGUACUACGCAGACGGCUGCGGUUCUUCGGGAACGCCGAACUCGGUGGACCCAAGGGACCCAAGAUAUUCUCAGCCCUGUUUAUGAUCUCUCUGUGGAUCUUCUACGUCAUCUUAUCGUCGCUGCAGGCGUAUGGACACAUUUCUGUUAGCAUGUAGAUAGAUUGUGUCUGUCCAUCUCAGUUAAAGGUGCAUGUUCCACUAUUCAACACUGUAUGGUAUAUUUUUUUACUGUUAGAGAUCCUUGUAGUAGAGUUGGUUUAAAGUGCUCCUAUACUGGCAGUAGCUAGUAGGAAUUUCCCUCUGAGCUCAGUUGGUAGAGUGCUGGUCUUUCAUACUGAGAUACUGUGGUUCAAAUCUUCUCAAUGGAGGUUGAUUUUUCUGCUACAUCAUUAUGAACAUUGACAAAUUGGCAAGUGUGAAUUAAAGUUGAACUGGAUGAAUAUAGUUCCGUAUUAAAUCACCAAGUGGAUAAAUCAGAAAUUUAUGAAAUCAAUUCUUUACAGCCUUAAUUUUUUUAUUUUUUUAUUUUACCAUGAAACCCCUCUAAACUGGACACCCACAGGACCAUGUAAAAAGUCUGGCUUUACAGGAUAUCUAGUUUACAGAGGUUCUGUUCUGUACUGAUAUUUAAAAAAGAAAUGUAUUGGAAAAUUCCAAUUUAGUGAGGGUCCAAUUUCGAGAUAUUUCACAGAAACUAGCUGUAAUACAAAUUAAUAUUAUAAUUUCUCUCAUCCGUUUUCCAAAUAUGUUACCCAGGUGUAUAUAAAUAAAAAUGUUCACAAUAAUGUUGUUUUAAGAUGUCAUUGUAAUUUCAAGCUGUUUUGUGGGGAAUAUGUACCUUUAAUUCACCAAUAUGUGCCAAACAUUAAUCAUUUGUGAUAAGUCUUACAGACAUGAAUCUGUCCAGGGACAAGCCCCUGGCUAUCCAGAAACAGGCCCCGGGACAGAUAUGCUCGAAAAUCUAGUGGUAUAUGAACAUGUAAAAAUUAUUCGCACUCGCACAGACAUGAAAAUAAGUAUGGUGUGUGCUAACAUAUAUAUAUAUACAGGCUACCGUACAGGGCUCGAAAUACAUGUAGUGGCCUGCAUAAAGUACAAGGCAGUCCAAUUUGUUUUAGACCUAUAGUAGGUGAAAUAGAAAGUCACCUGCUAAAACCACCCCAAAAACCAGCAGGUAAUUAAGACAGAUGUAUGUACAAUUAUCUCAUCUGCUAUUUAUCUUGUGAUUCUGUUAUAUUUUAAUUCCAUAAAGCUCAACAAUUGGCAUGGCCAUAUUGCUCUGGGGACAAUAAAAAAAAAAGAAAGAAAAAAAGAAGACCUUUUUACCACACAUUUCCAUCACUCUACACUCAAAAUUAGUUGCAAUCCAUCUAAAAAUAUAGCUGUUUGGUACUAAAUUGCUAAUGUGAAUAAAUGUUGUUAUCCAGUAGGGGGGUGGGGGGGGGGGGGUGGUGGCUCAAAAAUACAUCUCAGAGAUCCUGCUUUUUCACAUACAAACUCUCCCGUCAUCUCUUUGAUGUCUUUUUUCUCAGCAGGCCAUUUUUUUUAAGCAGGACAAUGUCACAUUUCUUUUUGCGAAAUGUUUUUAAAAAUAUAACAGCAGACCAUAUUUUACUUCUAUUUCGAGCCCUGCCAUAAAACUCAGACAUGUUAACCUAAAGGUUACGAUAUAUUUAAAUGUUUCCAUUAUCACCAUAAAAUCCCUUUAAAAACACCCUGAUAUUUUGUUAUUCAUUCAUAUAACUGUUCUCUUUGUACUGCUAUUUGUAUGUGUAUCGUAUAUUUAAAUAACACAGUUUGUACUUAAUUAGGAGAUAACUAUAUGGAGUUUUUAGAUUUGCGGGUGUUAUUGUCCAUUUGAUCCCACAAAUGUCAUUUUCGACCAAAGGCAAAUGAUAUAUUUGUGGGCAUCAAAUAGACAAUAACACCUGCAAAUCUAAAAACUCCAUAUGGUUAUGUCCAUUGUAAACGGAUUUGUUUUUCUACAGAACUAACUGUAUAUAUUUUUAAUUUAUUUUAAAUACCUGGUUACAAUCUAACUGUAGAUCUUUGAACCAUCAACUUGGCUAGUUCCAAUUGCUAAUGACGUCACUUUCUAAUGACAUCAUUAGCUUUCCUGGUGUUAUUUUCAUUUGAUCCCGGAAAAAGAAUGUAAUUAACCAAUCACAAUAAGAAGACACUCGCCAUCAGUUUACAAUCUGCUCUACAAUACACAUCCUAUUAUUAAUAUUGAUUUAACGCACUUGAUCGACACAGAGGUUUUAUCUGUGUCUAAGAUAGGCCCCUUCCUAAAUGAAAGUAGCACUGAAAAUUCCCAAUAUCUAUGUUAAAAAUUCCCAAUAUCUAUGUUAAAAAUUCCCAAUAUCUAUGUUAAAAAUUCCCAAUAUAUAUAUAUUUAAUAAAUGUCUGUUCCAAUAAAUUAAUUUAACAGUGGUGUACUGCAUAAUUUAGUGGAUGGAAAACAUAUCCCAAGUAUGAUUUACUCACAUUAAUUUUCCCAAUCCCAUGGGAUUCCCAUCAGACAUGAGACCUUGGUGAAAAAUCCAGGAUAAAUCCCUGCGACAUCAAAGUGCUUACUAACACACUUAGGGACCACUAGGCUGUAGGACCCUAGGGAAACCCCUGACAAGACAGAAAUAUACAUUAUAUUUCAUUAGAUUAUAGAUUAUUUUUCUUUUUUCUUUCUUUGAAUAGUUUUUAGCUACAUGUAUCUUAAAUUAUUAAUUUCAGUAUGGUGGUUUUAAUUCACCACUAUGAUUAUCUGAUUUCUGUUAAUUUUAUAGAUGGCAGUUUAGUAUGUUAAUUUCUGUGUAUAAAUACAUAUAUUUUUAAUAUUGUUAUAAGAUUCCUGUGCAGAUAGUGCUUGUUACACAGAUAGUGCCAAUGCUUGUACGUUUGUAUUGCCGUUAUUUACCUUUAUUUGCAUGUGAAAUCAAAUCUAAGUGUAGAAUUAAUGAAGCUCACUGUAUGUUGUAUAUAAAGAUGAUGAAUAUGAAUGCCAAAGAUCUGAUACUUUCUGACUUUAUUGUAUAAUUGUAGAAAAUGGUUAAAUUGUUUAUGGCCUGUUUUUACAGCUACAUGUAUAUGUUAUUUAUUGAUUUUGCUUUAAUUUAUUUAAUAUGUAAGUAUGUAUAAAUUUAUCAUUACGUUUAUUAUACUUCAUUGGUUUAUUAUACAGUGGAUAUUACAAUGUACAUGUGUAUUGGUUUUUGUGUAUUUCUCUCAUUGUUGUAUUUCACUUAUUUAUUAUGUUUUGCAACAUAUAGUUUAUAAAUCCCAUACCAGUCCAGCUAGAGUGGAAUAUAAGUUUUAUUUCCUUCCUUCUGUCUGUCUGUCUGUCUGUCUGUUCAUCUGUCCUGACAUUGUUUUCACAAAGCUUCUAGAUAUUGAGCUAUAAUUUUGUAUAUAGUUAUAUCAUGUAGUGUUACAGAUCAAGUUUGACUUUCAUGGCAAUUUACACCUUUUUGACAGUUAUGGCCCAUGCACUUAGAAUAUAACAACAAAAUUUGCAUUCCAGACAUCUUUUUCGCAAUGCCUCAAGAUAUCGAGCUACAAUUUUGCAUAUAGCUUUAUCAUUUACUGUUGCAGAUCAAGUUUAACCUUCAUGGCAAUAUAUCCAUUUUUGACAGUUAUAGCCUUUGAGAUAUGACAAUCUGUUUUCCAGACUUUUCUUUCACAAUGCCUCAAGACAUUUUGUAUAGAACUUUAUCAUAUACUGUUACAGAUAAAGUUUGACUUUCAUGGUGAUUUACCCAUUUUUGACAGUUAUGAUGAGUAGUUUUAGUACAUUUGAAUAUACACUACAUGUAUAUUUAGUAUUUAAUAUUUUCAUAUCAAUUCAUUCAGCUUUACCAAUAACUAGUGCAACUCUCUUAUUUUGAAUUGUCUGAAUUAUAUUUGAUGAUUCCAUUCGAAAACAAUGAAGAUACAUGUUAUUGUUAUUUAAUAUUUUCAUAUCAGUCCAUUCAUUUAAUUUUAAUGACAGUACCACUCUCCUAUUUUAAAAUGGCUGUAUUAUAUUUCAUGAUCCAUUUGUAAAAAUGGUGUAUGGUGAUAUACAUUUGUUUAUAUAUAUUGUGAUAUUUGUUGCCAAGAACAUUUUGUAAAGAUGUAUAGAUAUAUUGGAACAUUGGAGCAAUGUGUGAAGUGGGGGGGGGGGGGGGGGGGGGCAUGCUAUAGGAUGGUGGUGUUAUACGGACAAUUUUGAGGGUCUUUUAUAUAGUAGAAGAAAGUAAAUAAAAGGUUUUCGGCUUCAAAUUUGGAGGUGGGGUAGACCCCCCACCCACCCCACCCACCCCCAGUUGUUAUGUGCUUGUUUAACAUACAAUGCCAUCACCAAUCUCUAAAUUCAUAACUCAAACAAAACUUUUUUAUAUUUCACAGGACAAAGCUGAUAACCUACACCAUUAACAUAUAUAUAUAUUUAUUAAUUAUUGAUCGUCAUUGAGGGCAAUAUCAUGUUUUAUGGACCGAAGAAAUUGAUAUUGACCGAGGCCAAAUUUCUAUAUUUUCGGUCAGUAUCACAAUAAAGAUACAAAAUUUGUGUAUGUAUUUAUGAAUUAAGAGUUUAGAUAUGCUUUUUUAAUGUGACAAAAUGUAGCUACUAAGCAUCUUACAAAGAAUGAUGUCAUGUAUCUUCAGGCACCGCCGAGCAGGGAGGUGGGCUGGAUCACAAAUAUUAUUGAUAGUAAAUCUUAAGGCAGAGAUUAAUUUUACUUGUAGAAUGCAAGGAAUUGCAUUUCAGAACAUCUAGUUUUCAGACUUUUAUUGGGAAGCAUACCCCCGAACCCCCUAGAAACUGCUUUGCGCCCUCGACUUGUCAGACCCCCCAAUGUCUAUUUGCUUCUGUCGUGCCUGAUCUUUAUGACAUCAUAUGGCAAAAGCCUUGCUAGAUUUAUGACACUCAAUUUGCGUACAAAAACUGGAAUAAAUAAUGACUUUCAACUGUUCCUGUUGGUUUGCAAGCUAAAUAAAAUGACCGGUUACUGCCUCAUGAUGUCAGCUUUAUUCUGUUCAAGUUGAAUGGCAAAUGCCACUCGACAGUGCUUCAUGGCAUUAGCCAUUCUAACCUUCGCAGAACAAAACUGAUAUCUUAAGCCAGUAUCCAGUUAGUCGCUAUGUAUGUAUCAAAGUUAUAACUAUUUUAUUGUGUACAAAGACUGUUAUAAAUACUAUGAUCAAUGAUGGGCGGAGGGAGGGGGGGAGACCACUGGCCUGCACCCAGCUCUGAAGAUUAUUCAAUGGUUCCUCCCAGCUGAAAGGCAAAUUAACAUACAAGUGCUCACCCCCACCCCUCCUCCAGUCACUGGCAUCUUCCAAUGCCUUUCAGUAUACAGAUGUUAACAUAUAUUGUUACUCCCUGUCAUGGACAGAACUCUGGCAAAGUCAGAGGUUGUGCCCACGACAGGCGUGCUUGAACAGUUUUCUGACGGAAGCAUGCCAAAAAUUACCCACACCCAUAUUAUAUUGUUAAGUGCUCUCCAAAGAAAUUUGAAGUGGGAACACUAUUGUUAAUGCUAUUCUGUGAUAGAUUCUUAAGGUUAUUUACAUUAUUUAUACAUGUGUUUAUUUAUUUAUUCAAGCUCCGUCCAUAUAUAAUGAUAACUACAUGUAGCUGUCAUUGGUAUUGUAUAUAUACUUGUAAAUAUACAUGUGACUGUAUGUACUCAUUAUUUAUGUUACUGUUUAUUUCAUUAGAAACAAUGGUAUUUCCCUAGAAACCGUCAUUUGCUGAGAAUAGCAAGCAACGGCACAGAAGCGGUCAGGCCCUUUAUAAGGGCCCUAUGGGCAACCUAGGAGACACCACAGCAUCGUAAAGGUCUAAAAUGAACGAGCUACUCUCGAUUCACUAAUAUCAAAACCUAUAUUAGCUCGGC